GCAUCACAUACCCAGACUCACCAAUAUUGCAUUCUUCGGCCGCAGUAUUGAUAUCGAUACCCUGACCAAGGUGUUAUACCGUGCUUGGGGCAAUGGCAGAAGGGUCAACCGACUCUUCGGCCUCGGCGAAGAUGGACCCAGCGUCGUCGAAACCUCAAGCUACCGCUGCGCAAGAUGCAGUUCCGAAGGCGAUACCGAAACCUAGCGAAGGAAACCCGGCGUUCCGCAUGAUGGGUUUGCCUCGUUGGAGACCACGACUCCCAUCUCGCAACUGGAUGAUUUUCCUCUCUACUGUUUCUGCAUUCACUGGAGCGUGGUGGUACGAUCGACGCGAGAUCAAACGCGCCCAGAAGAAAUGGUGCGACGAGGUGGCCACCCUGGCUGAGCAACCGCUCCCGCCGAACCGUAUGCCACGACGGAUCACCGUCGUCCUCGGCACGUUCCCUGGCGACGGCUUGCUGAACAUGCGGGAGCACUUCCACGACUACGUCAAGCCGGUUCUCCUCGCUUCCGGGCUGGAUUGGGAUGUGAUCGAAGGAAGGAAAGAGGGGGAGAUCCGGGCACAGGUGGCGGAGCGGAUACGGGAGGCGCGGCAAAAGAACGGGGAGAAAGGCGCUUCGAGCGAGGAGCCGGUCGUGAACGCUCCGUUUGACCUGGAAGAGGCAAGGCGAGCUCAAGGGAUAUACAUGGAAGGUUCGGAGCGGCGGGACGGACCCCUUCGUGGAGAUUUGGUGAUCGGGCGACAUGCGUGGAAAGAAUAUAUCCGGGGUCUGCAUGAAGGAUGGCUCGGUCCGCUCGAUCCCCCUAAAGUGGAAGAACCGGCGAAAGAUGCAGAGCCGGCAGUUGUGCACGAGGCGAACCCGGCGGUGCCAGCCUCUCCGGUUUCAUCGAUGGCGGAAAUCAUGACGAAAGAUGGAGCCACGGAAGGAACCAAUGCCGAGCCGCCAAAGGAGAGCGAGGAGAAGGAAAAGAAGGAGGAGGAGAAGAAGGAGGAGGAAAAGAAGAAGAAGAAGCGCCCACAACCCGUGCCGUUUAUCACUCCGUCCGAAUAUCCUGCGGCCGAACUCUCGCCUAAUACCCCCAAAGAACUCGGUCCGUCCGCGGUGGUCACGUUCCCCCAUAUCAUGGGAUUCCUGAACAGCCCGCAACGACUCUACCGAUUCUUAAACCGGCGAUAUCUAGCUGACGACACCGGACGCGAGGUGGCAGCGGUUGCAUUUGGCCAUUAUCGACCGUACGCGCGCCACGACGAGUCACACGAGCCGUCGGAACUCGCCUCCGAUUCGAAUUCUCCCGCAGCCAUGGGAUCCCUCUCAGAAGCGUCCAGCUCGGAGCAGCUCCAUCUCCUCCAGGAUGAGGAGAAGAAUUGGCACAAAUCGUAUCGCAAGCGCGGACUGAAGGAAGACGAAGUGCCGCCGGCGAAGGACGAGAAGGCGUCGGAUGAGGAGGUGGAGGAGAAGCCGCAUGAAUACACCUGGACCAAUGCGAUCGUAUUGGACCCGCGCAUCGCUGAUCGGAUGCGGAAGUUUGUCUACGAGCGAUAGAAUAGGGGAAGGUUCAUGGCAUUGCGGGCGUUUUCGUGGGCACUCCCUAUCGUUUCCUUGCUCACCAUCGACGUUCGUGAAGGGGGCCUUGUAUGUUUUGGAAUUGGGUAUGUAAUCUAGCAUGGGAUCAUGGAGGGAAAAAUUCUGCACAUAUCCGUAUGGGGGGCUGGGAAUCACCUGUACAAUACCUCCUCUCUAGUCGACCCGCUGCGGUUGGAUCCGGGAAGCCAGCCCGUCCAACGGUGUCAAUGUUAACAAUCACUGUACAAUUGCUU